AGCGUGAGCGUGUUGGUGUGUGGCAGCCGGGAGGUUUUUGCUCCUCACUUGGAAACCUCGCUAAUAUUUAACGGGGCGCCGCUGCUGCUGACGGAGAACUUCUGCAUAUCCGGGAGCAAAGUCUUGCGCGCUUGAGGCGAAACCGUGCACUUCUAGCGCUUCCGCAGCAGCUGCUGUUUCGCCCCUCGUCGAGCUCCCGCAAUGAAGACCAUAGUGAAGUAUCUGUUGGGAUUUCUUGGUGUUGCAGUUCUCAUUACAGCCAUUGCUGUUCCUGUAGCUUUACUGACAAACCAAAGUUCUUCGGACUCCCGCAGGACAUUCACUCUACAAGAUUAUUUAAGUGGUGAUUUUCAAUACAAAUCUUUCAACUUACAGUGGAUUUCAGGAAAUCAGUAUCUCCACACUGCAGAAAACAACCUUUUUCUCUUCAAUGCUGAUGACGGAACAGAAUCUGAAAUAUUGUCAAAUGCCACCUUAACCCAUUACAAUAGUUCAGAGAUCAUAUUGUCCCCCGACCAAAAAUUUGCUCUUCUGCGAUACAGUUAUGAGAAGGUGUGGAGGCACUCAUACAAUGCGUCAUACUACAUCUAUGAUGUGUCUGCUGGUACCUUAGUACAGGUCAACCCAAUUCCCAAGGAGAUCCAGUAUGUAUCGUGGGCACCUGUUGGUCACAAACUGGCUUAUGUUUGGCAUAACAACAUUUAUGUGAAAACAGCACCAGAUGCCCUCGCUGUGCAGAUCACUAAAAAUGGAGAAGAAAACAACAUUUUUAAUGGAAUACCAGACUGGGUUUAUGAAGAGGAAAUGUUUGGCACCCAUUCUGCUCUGUGGUGGUCUCCAAAUGGCAGCUUUUUAGCAUAUGCAGAGAUUAACGAUACUGGAGUUCCUGUUAUUGAGUAUUCAUUUUAUUCAGAAGACACACUGCAAUAUCCAAAGACCAUUAAAAUCCCAUAUCCUAAGGCAGGUGCGAAAAACCCAACCAUAAGGCUAUUUGUUGUGAAUACCCAGUCUCUUCCCCAGAUCAGUUCCCAUGAAAUUGUUGCACCGAGCAGCAUAUCAUCUGGGGAUCACUACCUGAGUGUUGUAACAUGGGUAACCAAUGAGAGACUCUGUCUGCAGUGGCUCAAAAGAAUUCAAAAUUUUUCAGUUCUUGGAAUCUGUGACUACACACAAAGUGGAGCUUGGCAAUGUCCACAGGACAAAGAGCGUCACUUUGAGAGUAAAACUGGCUGGGUUGGCAGAUUUCAACCUUCUGAGCCUUACUUUGCGCCUGAUGGUGAUAGCUAUUACAAAAUCGUCAGCAACGCAGAUGGCUAUAAGCAUAUCCACCACAUUGGUAUCAGUAGCACAGGGGAGAUGAAGCCCAUUACAUCUGGAAAAUGGGAAGUAAUCAGCAUAGCUGCUUUAACGAAUAACUUUAUAUACUUUAUCAGUAAUGAAUUUGAAAAUACGCCAGGAGGAAGACAUCUGUAUAAAAUAGCAUUAAAUGAUUUUAAUCAAACAUGCAUUAGCUGUUAUCUAAACAAAGAAAGAUGUCAGUAUUAUUCAGCAUCCUUCAGCAGAAAUGGAAGAUACUAUACACUGAAUUGCUAUGGUCCUGGUGUGCCAUCUUUCACCUUGCUCAACAGCAGUACAGAUGCAGUUAUUAAGUACCUGGAAAACAACACUGAAUUUGAUAAUAUGCAGAAGAAUGUCCAGAUGCCCUCUAAAAUACUAAAGAACAUCACAUUGCAUGAAGAAACAUUCUGGUAUCAAAUGAUCUUACCUCCUCACUUUGAUUCGUCUUCAUCAAAGAAGUAUCCUCUGCUUAUUGAUGUGUAUGCAGGACCCUGUAGUCAGAAGGCAGAUUAUGCGUACCGGAUUAACUGGGCAACAUACCUUGCAAGCACAGAGGAGAUUAUUGUGGCUAGUUUUGAUGGCAGGGGAAGUGGCUACCGAGGAGACAAAAUCAUGCAUGCAAUAUAUCGAAGACUUGGAACCUAUGAAGUGGAAGAUCAGAUCGAGGCAGCCCGAGCAUUUGCUAAAUUCAGCUAUGUUGAUGAGAGCAGAAUAGCUAUUUGGGGCUGGUCAUAUGGCGGAUAUGUGACCUCCAUGGUGCUCGGAUCUGGAAGUGGUGUGUUCAAGUGUGGAAUAGCUGUUGCUCCCGUGUCACGAUGGCAAUUUUACGAUUCUAUAUAUACUGAACGCUACAUGGGCCUUCCUGAAAAGAGUGAUAACCUGCCUAACUAUGAGAAUUCCACAGUUAUGGCAAGAGCUGAAAAGUUCCGAGAAGUUGAGUACCUCCUGAUCCACGGAACAGCAGAUGAUAAUGUUCACUUUCAACAGGCAGCCCAGAUUUCAAAAGCUCUGGUUGAAGCAGAGGUGGAUUUCCAAGCAAUGUGGUAUACAGAUAAAGAUCAUGGCAUUGGAGGAUUGGCCCAUAACCAUAUUUACACCCAUAUGACCCACUUCAUCAAGCAGUGUUUUGCGCUGUCAUAAGACUGGGAAGCCACUUUGCUUUGCUCUCGCUAAUAACCGGUUUGUGAAGUUAUUUCUGGAGUAGGUGGGAAACAAGAGCACUUUCCUAAUGUGUUGUCUUUGUCUUUCAUUGAACCUAAGACAGUAAAAUUUGAUUUCUAUGGAUACUUGAAUGGUGUAAAGGAAUUGCAAAAAUGAUUAUCUCAUAGUCCAUUGAAUACAAACCAAAGAUCUGCAGGUCUCUUGUCACACAAGCAAGAGCUGAGCUGAGCUGACCUCCCCACUCCCUUCUCUGUAUUCUGUGUCUCAAUUAGACAGUGAUGGGGGCAAGAGUUUCCCUUGUGCAAAGCUUAGGGCACCAGGCAUGUGUGCCAGAACUGUUGGAAGUGCUGUAGCUUCAUUCUUUCUUUUUAAGUGACUGUUGCAUUUUUUAAAUCAGAUUAAAUUGGAUUUAUACAUUAUUACAUUACAAUGAGGGGUGGGGAGGAAAUACUUGAAUUUCUGCUUGAUUGUCAUACACAGUAACUUUAGCAUUAAAUGAUCAUUCCAGCAGAUAGGAUUUAGGUUUUAUAUGGAGGACACUGAAAGUGAGAAUACUUGUCUGAACCUGAGCUGCAAACCUUUGUGUAAACAUUUUGUUGAUAUGCAGCCAACUGUCAGGAAGGGGAGAAAGCAGAAAAAAUGUGGGAGUUCUGUUUUCAGGAUCUCUCUGGCUUUUUCUUUUUCUUUUAAAGUUGAUAAUAGAUGCUGGGAAAGGGGUUUUGAAAUCCUUUAACUGCUCAGUUUCCCCAGUACUCCCCUCCCCACAAGUUUGUUAAUGUCUUUAAAAGCCAAGGAAGUAGGAAGUCAUAUACCCACAAGUAAAUAUAACAGGCUGUCUGUCUGUCUGUUUCACAUGUCAAGACUGGAGUCAGUAAUUUCAAAGCUGAAGUAUUUGAUGGAAACUCAAAACUUUUAAGGCACACACUUUUUAAACAUCAACACCACAUGAGAAAUAAUCUAGAAUAUCUCUAAAGCAAAUUCUAGAAUCAGCACCACCGCAUGGUGCUUCUUCCAGAACUUU